UACAACUGGAUUUCAGUUAGGGCUCAGAUCAGUUAGAACUAGAAUUUUCAGAAUGUCUCUCCUUCCCCAAACCCUCUCUCUCUCUCUCUCUCCCUCUCUCUCUGUGGCAGUGGUGCUGAGCGAUGAUGCUCUCCGGCGUCACUCCGCCUAAUCAAACUAUCUACAUAAAGAAUCUCAACGAGAAGAUCAAGAAAGAAGAGCUGAAGAGAUCUCUUUAUGCUUUGUUCUCACAGUACGGACGGGUUUUGGACAUCGUUGCGUUGAAAACUGCCAAGCUUCGAGGACAAGCGUGGGUUGUGUUUAGUGACGUUACAGCUGCCAGUAAUGCAAUGCGGCAGAUGCAGAACUUUCCGUUCUAUGAUAAAGCUAUGGUACCUAAAUUUCGCUUUUAACUGUAGUCUCUCUGUCCCGAUUUGUUUAUUCCUCGUUCUAUUCUAACUGGAUUAAAAAGUUGAUUAUAUCUAUCAAUUGUAGUAGUACUUUUUGUAA